UCAUGUUGUCCAAUUUCACUUUAAAGUAUAAAAAAAAAAAAAAAACACUAACAAUCUCACCCAAAACAAAGCCAAGAGGCGGUUGGGUGCAUCUAAAUCCACUACGGGGCUCUGGACUUGAGACCUCGCUGUACUUCUGAGGGCCAAAAAUGGUUUCCCCCUUGACAACUAACCCUGGUGGGGGGUGGGGGGGGAGUGGUUGUAAGGGCACUCCUGACACCAUAUCCACUACAACUGGUUUUUGUUACCACUUGCUUAUUUAUAUUCCCUUAUUUGCGCCAGAUUUCAAUACCUGUGCGCCACUAUUUUGUUGUCUUACGUCCGUGGUUCUGCAGUUUCGCCGGUUGUUGGAUUAGUUUGACUGAUACAUUGUGGUGUCUCCAAGACUGCUGAGAAAGAUUCGCCCAGUGGAGCAUGAACGGAUCGACAGCCAGACUUAACUCUUCAACCAUGACAGCGCCUAAAGAUCAAGAACCAUGGUCACAAGAAGAUAUGCUUACCCUUCUGAAGGCAAUGAAGACCAUUCUGCCUCCGCAAGACAACUCCAAGUAUAAGACCACCGAGUCCCACUUGGACUGGAGCAAGCUGGCCUUUAAAAAUUAUUCUGGACCCAUGUGUCGAAAAAAAUGGAUUGACAUUUCCAUGGAGGUCAGGAAGUUUCGUACGCUUACAGAACUGAUACUGGAUGCACAGGAGCAUGUUAAAAAUCCAUACAAAGGCAAAAAGCUCAAGAAACACCCCGAGUUUCCAAAGAAGCCAUUGACUCCAUAUUUUCGCUUCUUCAUGGAGAAAAGGGCAAAGUACGCCAAACUGCACCCAGAAAUGAGUAACUUGGACUUAACGAAGAUCCUGUCGAAGAAGUACAAAGAAUUGCCCGAGAAAAAGAAGGGGAAAUACAUCCAGGAUUUCCAAAGAGAGAAGGUGGACUUUGAAAGGAACCUGGCCAGGUUCAGAGAGGAGCACCCAGACCUCAUGCAGACCACAAAGAAGUCGGAUGUCCCAGAAAAACCGAAAACUCCACAGCAACUUUGGUACAACCACGAAAGAAAGGUCUACCUCAAGUUGCGACCAGAUGCAAGCACAAAGGAUGUGAAGGAUGCUCUGGGCAAACAGUGGUCUCAACUUACAGAUAAGAAGCGUCUAAAGUGGAUUCAUAAAGCACUUGAGCAACGCAAGCUGUACGAGAACGUAAUGCGGGAGUAUAUGCAGAAGCACCCAGAACUGAAUAUUACAGAGGAGGGUAUCACUCGCUCCACCCUCACCAAGGCAGAGCGUCAGCUGAAGGACAAGUUUGAUGGUCGACCAACCAAACCCCCUCCGAACAGUUACUCCAUGUACUGCGCUGAACUCAUGGCCAAUAUGAAGGAUGUCCCGAGCACCGAACGCAUGGUCCUGUGCAGCCAGCAGUGGAAGUUGCUCUCCCAGAAGGAGAAAGAUGCCUAUCACAAGAAAUGCGAGCAGAAAAAGAAAGAAUAUGAAGUGGAAUUGCUGCGUUUCCUUGAAAGUCUCCCAGAAGAGGAACAGCAGAGGGUCCUGGCUGAAGAAAAGAUGGUGGGUCUCAACAAGAGGGCAGUAGGCAGUCCAGCAUCAAAACUGGCGGCCCUGGAAGCUGCAAAGCAGGGUAAAGGCAAAUCGGCGCAAGCCGAAAAAAAGAAGGCAGAAGAGAAAGCUAAACUCCCGGAGACCCCCAAAACAGCCGAAGAGAUCUGGCAACAAAGUGUGAUCGGGGACUACCUCGCUCGGUUCAAGAAUGACCGAGCUAAAGCCCUGAAGAGCAUGGAAUCCACUUGGGUAAACAUGGAAAAGAAAGAGAAGAUUAUGUGGAUUAAGAAAGCAGCCGAGGACCAGAAGCGAUAUGAGAGAGAGCUAAGUGACAUGAGGUCCGUCCCCGCCACAACCGCACCUGGUAAAAAACUCAAAUUCCUAGGAGAACCAAAGAAAGCCCCCAUGAAUGGGUACCAAAAGUUCUCCCAGGAACUUCUAUCAAAUGGAGAGUUGAAUCACCUUCCCCUGAAAGAGCGUAUGGUGGAGAUUGGCAGCCGCUGGCAAAGGAUUUCUCCAAGCCAGAAAGAAUACUAUAAGAAAGUAGCAGAGGAACAGCAAAGGGCUUACCGUUUGCAGCUAGAUUCCUGGAUGAAGGGUUUAUCAUCUCAAGACCGGGCAGCAUACAUGAAGCAGGCAUCUAAUAAACGCAAGAGCGUAACAAAACUUAAGGGGCCAGUUGCCAAAACCAAAGCUGCUGUAUCCUCCAAAUCUGUGGACUUGCCAGCAGUUUCAACUUUAAAGUCAACGCACAACCACACACCUACGGAGGAUGAUGAUGAUGAGGAUGAUGAUGACGAUGAUGACGAAGAUGAUGACGACGAUGAUGAAGACGAUGAUGAAGACGAAGAUAAGGAGGAAUCCUCUGAGGAUGGUGACUCGUCUGAUUCCAGCAGUGAAGAUGAUAGUGAUGAUGCAGAAGAGAAUGAAGAGGAAGAUGAAGAAGAGGAUGAUGACGAGUCUGGUUCCAGUUCCUCUUCCUCCUCCUCGGCAGAUUCUUCUGACUCGGACUCCAACUGAACAGGGACUGCAGCUCUAAUGGGUUGGGUGGGAAUAAUGAAUAGGGAGGUGAUAUGUUUAACCCUGUCUCGGCUCUUAGGGUCUUAUAAGGUGGCAUUGGAGCAAGUUUAAGGUCCAAUACCACCAUAUAAGUUAAAUAAUAAAUAUAUGGGGUUAGUCUGUAAAGUGGGUGAUGUCAAUGGGAUCUUUUUGUGUGUCCCUUCCCACCUCUUGAGGUUGUAACUUCUCCAAUGACCUUCUCCCCAUUCUAGUGUUCCUGAAGUCGUUCUUCUUAGCAUCUACUUUUUAUGGUUUACCCUUAGUGGUGUUUGCCUUCUCCAAUGACAUUCAAGCUCCCUUACUAAUGUAUCUUGUCUCCCUCUUUCUUCAAGACUUACAGACUUGCCCGUUCCUUCUCUUGUAUUUCACAGUUACCCGACCCCAUCUCAUUCUUGCUUGCUUCUCCUUUUGCUACUAGUUACCUCUUCCACCAGUGGUCUUCUCACUCUCAGACCUACGAAUGCCAAGCUUGGCUGCUUCUUCUCUUUUUUCUGUCUGUAUCUCCACUGAAUACUGUGAAAAACAGGGCUAGCAAAAACCAAGCACACUGCCUUUGUGAAAUGUUAUUGGUCAUGUGGAACAAAAGCAUGGCCCUAACUGUAAAAUAUUUGUUGGAUUAGUUUGGGAUGGGAGGUUGGUGUUUAAUCCCUUCUAUACAGGCCGCGACAUAACAGAAAGGCACUUAGCCCACUCAAAGUAUAUACACUUCCCACCACAGACCUCCCCCCCCCCCCUAAACAAAAGAAGCCAGUUGGCUGAAUUUUUAUUUUUGUUUGUUUUUAAUUAUUUCUCUUAUUUGGGGUGGGUGGAUUAUAUAUAUCUAUAUAUAAUUUUUUUUUAUAUAUAUAUAUUUUUUUUUUCCCGUUUUUGCUUGUACCUGAAAUGUGGUAUUUUAGCUGGCUUGUUUUAGUAUUACAUAUGUAAGAAAUUCACCUUUUUUUUUUUUGUUUGUUUGUUUAAUUUCAUUUUUUUUUU